AGUUUGGCGUACUAAAAGCACGAAGCGUUGACGACUGAGCGGCGAAGGUCGGGCAAUCGCGGAGAUGUUUACCCUGGAAGGAAACAGGUCUAGUCUUGGGCGGCUCGUGCGCUUCAUAAUGAACGCCUGUGCAGCUGUGUGAGCGGGUCGGAUUUUCAGUCUCCGAGUGACAGCUUGGUGCGGAUCGGAAGUGGACUCGAAAUAAUGCUGCCAUUUUCAAUGGAGAUCUCAACGUUGACGGUAGUAGUAGCACUCAUCGUCGUCACGGCAAUGAGCGCCCUCCUGUGGGUGCUAAACCGUCGACAUCGGCACGGUCUGUUAAGAAGGUAUGGCAUACCCGGACCCAGACCCGAUCUUCUGGACGGCAACUAUGCGCAACUCAAGGAAAACAGAAUCGAGGUGAUGGAGCGCUGGAUCAAGGAGUACGGCAAGGUUUUCGGCUACUACGUGGGCGACAUUCCUUACAUUGUUCUCACUGAUGUGGAAAUGAUCAAGCAGUGCUUCGUCAAGGAAGCGUCCACCUUCCACGACAGACCUCCUUUUCCCGUAGUCGUCGAGCCUUUCCUAAGCUCCAUCGUAGGAUUGGAGGGUGACGAGUGGAAAAAAGUGCGCACGGUGCUGAACCCGAGCUUCAGCGCUUCCAAGAUGAAGCUGAUGACGCAGAUUAUGAGCUCAUGUGCUGAUGCCACGCUCGAGGUGGUGGAGGACCACGUCAAGAAAGGAGAGGUGGUGGAGAUGCUGCGCGUGUCUCAAGGCCUUUCUCUCGACGUCAUCUCCAAGUGCGCUUUCGCCUGGCAGGUGGACUGCCAGAAGAAUCCCAACGACCCGCUGUUGCUGAGCGUACAGACAGUGUUCCAUGACGUAGAGAACAGCAGUUUUCAGCAGGUCAUCCGAUUUCCGAUUUUGAGCAAGACAAUUUCCCGCUUGUUUUCGUUCACAAGUUUUGGCAAGAUGACGACGCGAGUCUGCGACAACAUCCGCCAUGUCAUUGAACUUCGCCGAACGAGACAAAGCGCCAGGACAACGGACAUGCUGCAGAUGCUGCUCGACGCCCAGGCCGGAGUAGAGGACAGCACCAAGGUCACGGGGCAAGUAAAGAAACUCGUGGAAGACCGCCAUCUUAUCGCCAACUGCUUCGUCUUCUUGAUCGCGGGCUUCGAAACGACGGCUUCGUCACUCGCCUUCACCAUCCACCUGCUGGCCAAGUACCCUGAAGAACAAGAUCGGAUUUUGGACGAACUCAACGAGGUGUUUCCUGAGGAAAACCAGGAACUGACGUAUGACGGCAUCCAACAGCUGAAACGUCUCGACAUGGUCCUCUGCGAAAGUCUGCGCAUGUACCCACCUGUCAUCCUCUUCGUCAGCAGAGUUUGCUUAGAGGACACAAUUGUAAUGGGACAGUUCUUUCCUGCCGGAACCAGUAUCGUAGUUCCCACCUGGCAUAUCCACUAUGACCCUGACCUCUGGCCAGAGCCUUUCAAGUUUGAUCCAGGGCGAUUCGCCGAAGGAAAGAACACCGGUCAUUCUGCAGCGUACUUGCCCUUUGGGUUAGGGCCGCGAGUGUGCAUCGGAAAGAAGUUCGCUUUGCUCGAAAUUAAGAUGGCACUGUGCAAAUUGAUCCGAAAGUACAGGAUCAGGCAAUGCGAGGAAACACAGGACCCACUGAGACUGGUCGUUCCCGCUAUAGUAAUCAAUCCGGAGAAAGGAAUCAGCAUUAAGUUCGAAUAUCGAUAGACUGUACAGUGUGUUUUGCAGGUUCCGCAGGUUAGGACCAUAUCCAGUCUUUCUCAGGUAUUUAAAAAGUCACUGAUUGCAGGUUUAGCUAGCUUAGCUAAAAAUAAAUUUUAUCACAGUAAUCAAUUGCAGUCUCGCAAAUGGUAAAUAAAAAAUUGCUGCCAAAUGAUUAAAUAAGCCUCAAAUAAGUAAUUAAAAAUUAGUCUCAUAUAAUCAAAUAAAUUACCCUAGAUUCUGUCAAAAAUAUAUAGCGAUUGUAAAAGUAUAUGACAAGAUAUAAAAACCACAAGAAAAGAUUAUAUUUUAUGCUUUCAUGAGGGAAAUAGCAUAAGGAAAAAUUAUUUAAGUAAAAUAAAUUUUCUUAUUUUAAUUUUUUAUGUUGUUAAGCUUAGCCAACAGUUUUAUUUCAAAGUUCGCAUAAGUCAUAUUGCAGCGAUAUUUUUCGGAUACGUCAGCCACGACGCUUACCAUCUUGACUCUAUCACGCGAAAGAAGCGCAAUGCAUUAUGACAAGGGGAUAAGUUCGCAUCACAUCGUGGUCGCGCAAUGAGUUUACAGAAGCAGGCUGGGAGACCUUUUGGAGCAAAGCGCUCUAUUGUUGGUCUCGUCUGCACCAGUUAAAUAAAUAAUUUGUGUACGAGUUGUGAGGAAAUAAUAUAAUAUCGUGCUAACAAGCCUCGCUAGUGAAACCGUUCCACCAAUGGCCCGAGUUGCCCUACAGAAGCCGCUAAUGUUCCUGUCGUUGUCCGUCGCUCGUUUUAUCAUUUGGAAUCGUGAAAUGCUAACUGCUCCCCGUUUGUUAUAAAGCUUGGUGCCCACGUGCUUUGAACAUCGAGUAGUCGGGAUUAAUACGAAUGAGCGAGAAACUAAUAAUUGAGCCGAGAUAAAUCAGAUUUUGGAAUUAGAUGAAGCAAUACGAAUGAGCGAGAAACUGAGAACUGAGCCGAGAUAAAUCAGAUAACCAAUCUUAAGGGUUGUGGGCGCUUUCGAGUAGGGUAGUGAGCAGCUUUGUACACCAGCCAUGGGCCCACGAUACAAAAAUACGUUAAGCCAACACCACCUGGGGUAGUGAAUAAAGGCCCCUACGAAUAUCCUUUUCUUGCUCCAUUGAACGUCGUUGCAGUCGGAUAAGGACAGCUCAACAAUAAACCUCUUACAAAAUCGA